UUAUGAACAACUUUGACAUCAUAUCUACCUUUUUCAGGAAUUUGGGUUUAAAAUAUAAAUAAGAUGUUCAAGUUUUUGAUCCCAAACCGUAAUUAUAUUUUAAUACUGCUCCUGAUAAUUUCUCCCACAUUCGAUUCAUGGCAAGACGAAGAAGAAACACAAUUUGAAGAUAAUUCUCCAUCCGGUCACAUUCAGACGGUGACAAGUGAUGGCGUCUGCACUUUGGACAAAGCGUGUCAAGCUUUACAAAUUGUCUCUUUGUUAACGAGACGAAUUUUGUCAUUAGAACAGCCUUUGUGGAAAAUAUCUUCUCAUAAUUUCCGCUGGCCGUCGUGCUCAAAUUUGAAGGAGGGAGGCCCCUGUAACUGCACAGCUCAAAGUCUGCACGUCAACUGCUGGCGUCUUUCACUUCACGAACUUCCUGCCACCCAAACAAUCCCGUUCGACACUGCAUUUCUAGAUCUGAGUUCCAACAAAAUCCAGGCAAUUCAUCGCCAUUCGUUUCUCCGGCUAAGUCGCCUUGUUCAAUUAGACGUGUCCAAUAAUUUGCUGGAUUAUUUACCAGAAAAUUUAUUCGAGAGUUUGGAGAGUUUAAAAUAUUUACAUCUUCAUCAAAACAAUCUGGAUUCGCUACCUUCAGGGAUAUUUCGGAACUUGAAAAACUUGGAGAUUCUCGAUUUGUCCCAAAAUCGUCUUGUCUCCCUUCCUCCAAGCAUUUGGUCUCCGUCUCCAGGAAUAAAAUCAACCCUUCGAGUUUUGCAAAUAUCUCAAAAUUUCUUAAAAACCUGGAAGGAUUUUUCUGCCCUGCGAAAUUUGGAGGAACUGGACUUGAGUGGAAAUUUUUUUCAAAGUGUGACCCCGCUUCAACCCCUCAAGAAAUUAAAAAGCUUAAAGUUGCAAGAUAACCAGUUGACUGUGAUAAACGAGACAACUUUUCAUGGCCUUUCAUCACUGGAGAUCAUGUCACUGAGACAAAACAGAAUUGAAAUUUUGCCCCCAGAAAUUUUCAAAGAUUUAAGAAACUUGGAGAAUUUAGAUUUGAGUGGAAAUCAAAUUACACAUAUAAAUUCCUCUACGUUCACCGGACUGAGCUCGGCCAUGUUAGAAUUGAACAUGGCAAAGAAUUCGUUAUCAAUUUUGGAAAAUGAGACUUUUUCCAAGCUAAACAAUUUGGCCAGGCUUUCUCUGCAUGGAAAUAAUUUGGAGGUUCUGGAGCCUGGCGCUUUCACGGGGUUGACCAAUUUGACCUGGCUGCAAUUAGGGAACAACAUUUUGACUAGUGUUGAUCCUGCCUUGUUUCUACCGACACAAAAUUUGAAAAGACUAGAACUGAAUAACAAUGACUUGGCCUUUGUGGGAGACGAAGCAUUCGAACAUUUACAUGAUUUGGAGAUAAUUAAACUUGAGGGAAAUGGAUGGAACUGCGACUGCAAAAUUUUAUAUGUCGCAAAUUGGGUUCGUGACCAUGCGUCCAUUGUGUCUUCGUAUAGUGACGACGAUGCGAUGAAAUGCCGUGACCCGAAAGAAAUGGAAGGCCGCCCCCUCCGUGAAAUCUCAUUUAGCGAUGUUUGUCUCGAAUAAUGUAUAAAUUUAAAUAUGCGUGUCAUUUUACUUGUGCGGAAAAUUAUUGCAAAUAUGAAUAAAGGAGCUAAUAAUAAAAUUGAUCAUAAUCAGAUCACGCUGAUGCCUACGUACUUAUAAUGUCAGUCGUCAUUAAUUAUUCGAAGUCAGGUUCGACAAGAUGUCUGCGUCCACGAAAUUGUCUCUCUUUCCAAUUCUCCUGGUCAUUCUGUCCAUUUCCAUUACGAGGACGAAGGGUGUGAAGCUUGGGAAGUUGGACUGUUCGGAAAACGAUGGCCUCAAACCGGACUCUGACCUGCUCAACCUGAUCGUGAGCAAAUGUCAGCCGAAACAAGGUCAACCCGAAAAGAUGAUCGCGGCCUGUUUGAUGAAGUGUUUGAUGAAGCAGCAGAAGGCGGUUGAUAAGAAAGGAAAGUUGAAGCACGACAAGGCCCUCGGCGUCGUCGAAAUCUUUCCCGAAAAGUUCAAGGCCAACAUCACGUCCAAAUUCGAACAGUGCUGCACCGACAACAAUGAUAAGCUCAAAAAGGAGCCCAACGGCUGCGAAUCCUGGCUUCCUUUUUCAGAAUGCUUCUACGAUUUUGCAAAAUCGCUUUGUCCAUCAGAAAAGGAGAGGAAGAGAUUGGCCUCGACCACACCGUCCUCCGAUACAACCACCCAUUGAUCAAAAUUUUCAAAUUUGUAGUUUUUAUCGCAGAAAUAAAUUGUUAUAAUUUUUGUCUUUGAA